UUUUAUAGCUGAAAAUACUAACGCUAAUAUUCAAUUUACUACAAAUUAUAGUGAUAGCAAUAUAGCAUUAGUGAUAGUUUUUAACGUUAACGUUAAUGAAAGAGUUAAUAUCAUGGAAUAUCGAAAUAUAGACAAUUGA